AUUGGUUAUCUUGAUGGUCAUUUGGUAACAUGUCGAUUGUUUUGGUGAAUUCCUCAUUUCCCUAGUAAAAUCGCGACUAAUUCAACGAUCUCUUAACUAGUGUAUUGAUAAAUUCAAAAACUUAUCUGAAUGUUUUUUUCGCGUUGAUACUCGUGAUUUUGAAUAAGGUAGUUUCCUGGCUUUGGAUUAAUAAUGGAGACGUUUUUUGCGAAAUAUUAGACCAUCGUAAAAACAAGGGCAUUUUCAAAGUGGUUUGAAAACAUUAAGGCAACAAAUGAUAUAUUUAUGAUAUAGAACUGGGAGUUCCGCGAUUGGAAGGACUACCGAUAAGUUACCUGCUCCUGGGAUGUCUAAAAAUGCUAAAAAAUAUUGAUUAUAUUGAAAAUGAUGCUACUACAGCUGUGCAUCACUUUAGCACAGAUACCUCAGCACCUGUAACACAAAUAAUGAAUCCUAUACCUACUAGCAUCACACAGCCUGCAUCUAGAGAUACUGAUAUUUCAUUGCAGUUGCCCCAAGCUGUUACUCAGUCAAUAUUAAGGAAGCCCAACCACUUACUGACUGUUGGAAAAAAUGUGACCUCAAGUGAAGUUUGUUUCGUAGAGUUGCAUCCUAAUGGUGUGAGGACUGAACAUGAAUCAUCAACAUUUUCUUUGCAUAACAUUAUUGCACAAUCUGACCUUACAGAAACAAUUCAGCUGAAUUCUUCAUCAGAAAAAAUUGCCAAAAUUACUGUCUCAGAGAAAAAAUCAACCAUUAUACUGCCUGCAUCUCGUGAAUCUCUUGUUCCUUCACAACCACCACAGACUUCAUGUAAACCCCUGGCCAGAGUUAGUCAAGCAUUUCCAACUGCACCUAAAGUAAUGGUUAGAAAAUUUGAUUUGGCGUACAAUAGCCAGACAAACACUCACAUACUGAAUAAAUUUCAGUCAAAGCUAAGGAACUCUGAUGAAGAUCGUAAAAAUACUUUGUCAGAGAGUCUCUCUUCUCCUUUAGUGUUGGCGAGUGAACAUGUUAAUCCAGUGAACUUAGAACUGUGUAGUAGUGGUGGCAAACUCCAACUAAAAAAAGUAAAUUCAUCUGAAAUAAAUUCAAUCAUUGAAUGUUUGGAAAAACCCCCUCCUGCAAGUGUUGAAAAUUCCACUAGCAUAUCUACAGUAGGAGUAGUUCCAGUGACAUGCAGUGCCCAGAAAACCAUUUCCACACUAAAACUCGUGCCUACAAUAUUGAAAAGAACUCCCCCAAAGACAGUGCUCACACCAUCAGGUUCAGUAACGAUGGACUCCAUACCCAGCGCUGGUCCACGUACUGCUCUUCCAGUUAUUGUAGUGAAUAACAAAGAAGCCAUGGGCACAUCUGCUGCCAAGAAGCCAGUAGUUUCCUUUUCCUUGGCAGGGAAGUCUGUCAUUACCAAAGACAACAAGGUAUUCAACAUUAAAGUUGUUAAUGGGAAGUGCAUUUUGUUUGAAAACAUGAAUACUAAAACCAGUGAGGUUUCAGCAGCAUCUGAGCAGCCCAAAGUUAUUAAACAAGUUGAUUUAAAGAUGUUGAGGACUCCAAAAUUCAUUAAAGUUGAUUCCCGUAAUGGUGGUUAUAUUUUGAAGCGAUGUCUUCAGAGUAGUGAAGAUAGUGGAGUUUCAGCCCCUAAACAGCCAAAUACAAGUAUAGUGAAUGACAAGAGGCCACAGCCCAUGGAGCACACAAAUCAAAUGGAACUUGACUAUUCUGCUCCAUCCGAGGAUGCCAGAGAUGAGUUAACUGUGUGUGGUACUCCGGUGGCACCUGUGGAGCAAAAUGCUGUUUCAAGUGAUUUUCAUAUACCCGGUGAUGUAGCGAGGGAUAGUGUGGAGUGGGAUGCCAAUGAGAUAUUAAAGACGCUCGAUGAGUGCAAGUUGGAAACGGGGAAUCACCUAGAAAAGCAAGAUAAGGAAACGAACAAAGUGCCAAAUGCAAGAGAGGUGGAGAUUCCUGCACGCAAGAUAAUUGUUGUCGAUGCUUAUUCACAAACAGAUCUUUACUCACUUAUGGAACCAGGUAAAAUUGUGGAGCUGUCAAUAUCACCUGCUGCCAAAUAUAGUAGUGGCUCUGUUGCUAAAAAACAAGCUGUGAAGGGGACAUCUGCUACAGUUGCUAGCAUGGAGCAUGUUCCACCUGUUCCUGUUGAGACUCCAUGUCUGCAGGAAGAACAGCCAGAAGCCAAGAGAACCAUGUUUGAUGUAGCAGGAAAAGAAGACAGAUUGCAGAGUAACCAAAAUAGCAACGAUAGUGUUAAGUCUUUUGAUCAAAAUUCCAAAUUGUUGAGAUUGCAUAUUCCUAAAGAAAUUGAACCAGUCAUAAAUACGGCUGAUAGUUUUGAUACCGCUUUGUGGCAAGAUAUAUUGAAUAGUUGCAGUGUUACAGAGAUAGAUCCAGUUCAGUUGCUAAAAGGGGAAGCUGGUUUGUCCUCACGAGCUAAUGUUCCAAAUGAGAGUUCAGUGCAUGAUCUGAUUGUGAAACAUAACCUUGUCAAGUUGUGCAACAAAAACAAACUAGUGAAAAAUGAUAGCCCGUGUGGCGAAGAGUACUUCAGGCCAAAGUGUAGGAAACGAAAGCAAACUUUUCCAUCUUUCAACAAGAAAAAACCAGAAAACUUCAUCAAACAGAAAGAAGCUAACAUUCCUUCAAUAGAAGUCGAAGUGUCGGAUAAUAAUAAUAUUGGUGUAAGUAGUGUUAAUGGUAAUGAAUUAAUGGACAAUCCUAAUUUGCAAUCUUUGGUUAGCAAUAAAAUUUUGCUUCAGAAAUUAUAUUACGAAUGGAUAGAGUCGGUGAUUCCGGACUCAGACGGCAACGUAGAACUUCACUACGCUGUGACCGAAGAAAACGUGAACCUGGUUCGAAGGCAGUGCAUGGUGAUUUGCGCUCGGAAACUCUCGGUGGACCUGAAGAACGACGACGGGGAGACGCCGCUGCACUUGGCCGUGAGGAGCGGGCACAAGCAGAUAACGCAGAUCCUGCUGAAUCACGGCGCGGACCCGUGCGUGAAGAACAGCUCCGGGAACACGGCCCUUCACCUGGCGGUGCUGGCAGGCAGCGGGGGCAGCCUGCGGGCCCUGCUGUCGAGGGAGGGCACCUGGACCCUCCCGCUGGACGUGCUGAACGACGAGGGGCUGGGGCCCCUGCACCUGUGCGCCAUGAACGGCCGGAACAAGCAGCUGCUGGAGCUGCUGGCGGCCGGGGCGAGCGUGAACCUGGAGGACGGCCGGAGUGGCCGCACCGCCCUGUUCCACGCCGUCGAGGCGGACAACAACCAGGUGGUGCGCGUGCUGCUGGCGGCCGGGGCAGACUCCUCACUGCCCAACUACUCGGGCCACACGCCCCUGCAUGCGGCGAGCGAGGUGUCCGUCACGGACAAGCGCGUCAUGAGCCAGCUCAUCACCAACGAGGGGCUAGCCUUAAAAGAAGGCAUGAAAAUCAACAAGAAACUUAAGAAUGCCCAUGACUCUGAUGAGGACGAGGACGACCCUGAACGUGUUGGUGGCCGCAAACUUUCUAUAGGAAAGAGAAUUUAGCUGUAGAUCUUCUAAGAGAAUUAAUUGGAGGAAACAGAUGUACAUAGUAAUAAUUUCUAAUUUAAUUUUGUUAAUUUGCUACUUGACUGUAAGUACGUGCUAAAUCAAGUUAGGGUUUAUGUUUAUAUAUAUAUAUAUUUUUUAACGUUUCUGCGGCAGUUUCUUUGUGACUCCUAUUUUAACAAAAUUUAACUUUUUGCAAACAAUAAUUGUUUUAUUUUAUGCCCAUUACUGUUUGUUUUUAUGAAUAAUUUAAUUUUAAAUAGCUUAAAUUUUUUGUGUUUGGCAUAUUCAGCACUGCAGUAUGUUUAAGUAUGUUGUGUGAUGUAAAUUUACCAAUAAAAUGAUUCUUUGAGAGUUUGUUUUAAAAAUGAA